GUAUUCACUCGUAGCGAUGCAACGAGAGCUUUGGAUGUAAAUUCGGCAUAUUCCUGCAUGCUGAUGUCGCUGCAUGUAUGAGCCAAUAGGAGGCAGAAUCGCUCCUGUCCCUCACAAGGGACCGUCGACUCUGCUGUCGUUCGAGCCUGGCACACUUCAACCAUGACGACCUCGACGCUGCAGCAGCAAACGACCAUUGACAGCUCCGGGAAUGGCGAGCACAUCGCUGUGCGACAGGUUCGAAGACGCGAGCGUGUUCCCAAGAGUUGCAUACCGUGCUUGACCGCCAAGCGAAAAUGCGACCGAGGGCAGCCAGAGUGCGCUCGCUGCCAAAAGAGUCUCACCACCCACUGUCACUACGACAGCCGACUCGGGCGGAUUCAGGCUCGCUCAGCUGGCAAGGCAGGGCGGCUCGCCGCCUCCGAGCGUGGUAGCUGCGCCUUUCAGAAGCAGCCAUCUACUGACAGCGUAACCAACGCCAGCAACUCGGAAGCGGAGAGCGAGGAUGAGCAUUCGUCAGAAACCCUGCCCAGCGGCGCCCCAGCGCCUGAUCAAUGGGCUUCGCAUGUGCCACUCUCUCCGCCCCUCGGCAGCCUCACUCAGCCACUGGAUGGCGGCUCGAGGUCCUCCGAUUCACCGCCACUUAAAAAGAUCCGCCUGGGAGGCGAUCCGGCUGACCAGUUGUUCGCAAUGCACCGACAGCUGUCGGACUCGCAGGCACAGGUGGCACACCUGAGCCAACUUUUAGCCCUCCAGCGCUCAGGAUCAGCAGCUGCAGCUUCGGAACAGCAUGCCAACAAAUUUAGGUCCAGCUUGGACAUACCAAAGAGCGCGACCACAGCUCCGGUUGAUAGCCACACCAUUGCUGCUCAAGCUCUGUCCUCUUUAAGUCAAGACUUUGGCUUGGCGAACAGCAAAAGUGAUCGAAACGCCCGAGCUAUGCGAGCCUUUUCACUGCGUUCCAAUAAUCCACCGACCAAGCGAUGUGCUGUCCAAGAUGUUGAGACCCACACUGAGCCCUUUGCGCGUAUAUAUCCUCGCGCCGAAGCUCACGCGUCUCGUGCAGUGAGCGGCGGUCAGACAGCAGCGGGGUCCCCUCGCAUAUCCUCCGCUUCAACAUCUACUCACUAUGGCUACGGCUCGGCACACAUGGGAACACUCUCAACGAUUAACGCGACGACCACUGCGUCUCGUGUCACCUCUGUCAGCACUGUCACUAAUGGGAACGGCCAGGCAAUGUACUUUGGCGAUGGGGCUGCAGGUGUGGACGUGCUCGAGACAGUGUCCUCACACCGAAGAGCCCAGGCGUUGAGCGGAGCCGGAGGCAAGGCGCCUGUCCGCGUCGAUUCGCAAGGGCAGCCAGGCGUAGAUGCCAUUCGUCGCGACCUACAGGACGCAUUUACUGUGUUUCUGCACACAGAGCACGAGGCCUUUCCCUUUUACACUACCUGGAGCUCGGACCCGGCCGUCUUUGUCGAAGAGGUCUCGCCGCUUUUCCAUUCUCCAAGCGAAAACAUCGAUGACUUGCAUUCAUUUACUCAGUCAUUCGCCUGUCGCUGGCCUGCGCUUGGAGGCGAUGCAUUCAUUCUCCGAGCGCAGAGAUUCUUCAACAUGCCUAUCAAGGAAAAACUUCGGACUCCGCUGCCGAUGAUUGCCGAGUACCUCAUGGUCAUUGCUCUUGGGCAGCAUUGUGAUCUUGACAAUCCCCAACUCGGGGCAUUCCACGCAUCGCAGAUUCAAACUCGUACCGACGGCGCAGAUGGCCGCAAGCACUCGUCGAGGUCGCCAUUCCACUUGACGGACACCCAUCUGUCGGCAACGUAUCAAGCCCUACGGCUUUGUUCGUUCCUCAGCUCUCCAUCCCUCGAAACGAUCCAUGCCCAGCUGCUGAUCGGUGUCUACCUGCGGAACACGGAGCGCUCUUCUUCUUUCUGGCCGCUUCUGGGCAGCAUCGCUCGACAAGCGCAGUCGAUCGGGCUUCACGUCGAUCCCAGCAAGUUUCGGACGCCGCUGAGUGAAGAGGAGAAGCAGCUGCGUCGGCUUCUCUGGUGGGCUAUCGUCAUUCAGGAUGCUCAGCUCUCCGGCGUGUUUGGCCGGCCGCUUGCGAUCACACACUUUUCCACUCGCAUUGGGGAGGCGGAGGGUCUGGCCACGUCCCACCACGAAGUGCAGUGUGAACUAGCUAGGCUGGCACGAAAGCGCCUUGACGAGUCGCAAAUUGUCGACUGGACGGCGGAGCAACUCGAUGUAUGGACGACAAACGCACUGGACUGGUAUGCGACCUUGCCGGAUUGCUUGCGGCUCGAUUUUUCAUCCGAUGCGCUCGCGGAUGAAGCCCCGCGUCAGUCAGCUGAAGUAGAAAAGCGGCUCUUGAGCUCCACGUGUCCGUCCAGAGGCUUGAAGGCCAUGCAACAAGCUUGCGACCUCGCAAUGGACUUCUCUGCAGAACUCAUCUUCGCCCACCGCCCUCGUUUGCACGAAUCUCUUGCCAGCACUCAAAGUCCGAGCGGUCGAGCGGCCAAGUCUGUUUGUGCGUAUGCGAUCCGCGGCAUCCGCAUCGCACUUUAUCUCAUGGUAGAGCAUCUCGGACCGCUGCGGACUUCGCUUGUCUGGCGGACUAUCUACAUUUCUUUUCAGGCGGCUGCCACGGCUGCGUUCAUCUGCUUGAUGUUUCCAUUCGAUGAGCGUUCCAAAGAGAAUUUUGAAGGACUCUGCGAAAUCACGUCUCUCACUGACAAGGCUCCAAAUCGUUGGGGCGAACUAGUUAAAGUCAAGCGUGCCCUCAAUAUAUUGCAGCGGCUAACCAGCGCACGCAUGGAAAGCUUACGAGAACUGCCCGAUAUGCAAGUCCCUCCCAAUAAUAGUUCCGAUAGCGGGCUGAAAAAUGCGGCUGCCCUAGUCGCUGUUCGUACCGACUCUGACUUGCAUCAGAGUAGCGCCGAUCCUACCCCGGCGCCAAGCUUUGAUCCUGGAGACGUCCUCAGCAGCGAGAAUCCCUCGUUCGAGCCGCCGUUUAAAUUUUUGGACAUGUCUGCACCCACGCCCGGUUCGCAGCUUAAUCCUCCGCCAGCAAAUCUGCCAGAGAGUGAAGUCGUCGCUUGGUGGUCCGAAUUCUUUUCGAUCCCGUUCAACGUCAACGAUAUCUUUGGUGCGGAAGGCGGAGGGAAUGCUUGAAAGUUGAGGCCGCAUCAAUCGUAUCCUCUCGAUUCUUGGUGUGCAAUGUUUUGCUGGAGUGUGACGAGCCGAAACAACGCUGGCGUGCGUUGGUAUCAGUGGCGACCUCGACAACGCUGGGAAAUGAUGUGCUGCUCAGGAUGAAUUGGUAACUCUAUUCAAUCUCGAAUGUACGCUGCGUCAGUGUUCACUUUGGAUUUAGGAUUAGGGUGGGGGAACGUGAUGCAGGGAAAGGGACGCGAAGGGGUUCUGUGGGAUCUGGGUCUGGGCGGCUGCUCUCUAGAUCUGUCCAAUCGAUUGUCUCAGAGCGUUGAUUUGUCCUCCAUCUGCUCAACGCUACAAAACCCAAAAAUAACCCCUAAUACCUCUCAUUGACCGUUGAAAACUUUGAAUGCUUUGGUUGAAACCCGCGUGUCCGUCAUGCACACCGCGUGAGCGCUUCCAACUCUGC